AUAUCAGCUGUUAAUGCAUAAGUGGUAGUUGUGGUAGGUUGCUGUUAGUGGGUGAUUAUAGUGUAUUAACAACAUAUUAAGGAGUUACAAAAUUCUAUAAUUAAAUUUUUAACAAAGUUGGUUGUUAAUAAAAGGAUUCCUUUGAAGAAAGUUGAUUGAUUUUUGCACACCCCGUGCUCUCAUGCGCAGAUAAAAUAAAGUUGUUAGCCGAGCAAAGUUCAAUCGAUUAAAGUUUUAAUACGAAAAUUAUAAGACAUACAAAAUGGAUAUGGGUCCAGCAAGUAAUUAUCGUAACGCUAUUGUAAAUGAACCACUUAUUAUGCCGCAACCUGUAGCUUCGCUAGCUGGAAAUAAUCCAACAAUGAUGUUGCCUACUCAAUUUGGUGGAAAUAUACGGGCAUUACCUUGCCCACCUGUUCCACCAACGCCAUAUGGCAAUAACUACAAUAGCUACAAUAGUAACAAUUUAUAUGGUGGAUUUGGCGGAUUUGGUUCAGGAUUUGGAAACUCAUAUAGUUAUGGUGGCUAUGGCGGAGGGUUAUUUGGUGGAGGUUAUAACAAUUUUGGUUCAAAUCUAAAUCCGUAUGAUCCUGAAGCACGAUUCAUACAAUUAGCAGAAGCAAGCACUCGGCCUGCUUUUGAUAGUAUACAAUCAUUAGUUAGUGCAAUUGGUAACAUCGCAUCUAUGUUAGAUUCAACAUUCUUUGCACUAACAAGUUCAUUUCGUGCCAUAUUGGGUGUGGCAGCGAAUUUUGGACGCUUACGAGGAGUAUUUGCACAAUUCUGGCAAACAUUUGCCGUUAUUCGUGCCAUACGAUUUUUAUACCGAAAAAUGCUAUACUGGCUUCGAAUAUCAAAUAUGGAUCCAUCAUCAGAAGCUUUCAAAGACGCUUUUGCAGAAGCCAUUAAUAAUACAACCGGUGAGACAGGUGCACCGAAAGUACCACGCAAGGGUCAGUCACCCUGGCCAAUAAUUGCGUUUCUAAGUUUUAUAUUUACAGUGCCCUACCUCAUUAUGAAAAUGCUAGGUACUGUCACAAACACAGCACAGGCCGAAGCACGAGUACCUUCCAAAUGGAUUAAACCUAUACAGUCCUACGCAGAAUAUGAUUUUGUUCCAAGAGACCAGUCGGAACUAGCUCUUCAAGUCGGUCAAAAAUUAAUUAUUGCGCCCAAAGAAAUACAAAACACACUGGGUUUAUUAAAUUCAGGUUGGGCUAUUGCUUCAACUGAUGGUCAAAAUUCUGGACUGAUUCCUAUUAAUUAUGUUAAAAGUAUACAACGUCUACAACAACAACCAAUAUUAUCCCAUCCGCAGUCUAUGGAGAAAGAAAUUCGCUCUACUGAUUUAUCAGAGCAACAACAAACAAAUAAAUCUAAAAAUUUUCAUGUAAAUGAUGAAAUACAAAAUUUUACGCCUGAAAUCGAAAAUCUAUCAACUAAAGCAUUUUCAAGACCACCCGUUCAACAUAAUAUUAACGCUUCUAUACCGGAAUUCGAUAUUGCUCCACAACCAAUUGCACCUCCAACGAAUUUAGAUGUUAUAAGUAGUUUGGGUAGUGUUUAAGAAAUACUUAAAAAAAUGUUAAAAGUUUCAUUAAAGAACAAAGAAGUCUUUAGGUAAACUAGUGGGUUUUUUAUGGCUUUAAGUAUUUUUAGUUUUAAAUCGACUUUUUUAUUCCAAGUUUAGUAUAAUAUGAAUGCAAUAAAAAAUCUAAGAAACAGUAUAACAUUUAUAUUUUAUAAAUAACUGAUAUCUCAUGUAAGUUUUUAAUUUAAAAUAUCGGUUAUCUGUCUGAAUAAUAA